AUGCCCACCAGACUAAUUGAUAUUGGGGAGAAGGGAGAGCACCCCAAACUCAUCGAGGUUGACGGCAAACUCAUGGAUUAUCUCGCGUUGAGCCAUCGAUGGGGAGGAGCAAAGAUCUAUCAGACGACUCAAGCGAAUCUCAAGGCUCAAACCGCAGGCAUCGAUCUUGAAAGCCUGUGCAUUACAUUCUGGGACGCCCUGAACAUGACCUCAAGGCUGGGGUACCAAUGCAUAUGGAUUGAUUCACUCUGCAUUGUGCAAGACUCGCCCAAGGACUGGGCCAAAGAGGCUGCUCGCAUGGAUAUGGUAUACAUGAACGCAGUACUGACUCUUGCUGCUGCUUGCGCCACCUCCGGAGACACAGGGCUGUUUCAACAGAGAAAUCCGGUAAGGGUGAGAAUGGGAUACCAAGGCCCAUCGACAGAUAACAUGAGCAACAGCCCCGAGAAAUACUAUUUCUUGGAGGAAACAAAGAUCCAGUCAUUCCGUGAGGAAGUGACUAAUGGCUAUUUAAACUCUCGAGGUUGGUGUCUCCAGGAACGUUGGCUUUCUCGACGGACCGUCCACUUUGGGCGCACCCAGCGGUUUUGGGAAUGUCAGUCGACCAUGACAGAGGAGCGUUUCCCUGGCGGCAAGGGAGAGCACCGUGGAUAUCUCAAAGCCCUGUCGAGUUCCACCUGGAAUGCAGAUGCAUUCCGUGCGGUGCGUGGUAGGAUGGAAUUCUCCGAGUUCGGCGACUGGUAUAACACCGUAUGCGAGUACAACAACCGAGAUCUGACCGUGGGAGAUGAUAAAUUCCCCGCAAUCUCCGGGGUCGCUUCGAUCUUUGGGAGCCACCGAAAAGACCGGUACUUGGCGGGCCUGUGGGAGGGAUACCUUCAAGUCGGGUUGCUCUGGUGCUCAGAGGAUGGAAAAGGUCUCAGGCGGCCCAGCACGUUUCGAGCACCCUCUUGGUCUUGGGCCUCUUGUGACGGCUGCAUUUAUUUUGAAUUCGACUGGGAUGGUGAGGUAGAGCUUGAUAUCAUCACCUCUUCGACAACAUUAGCUGGCCAAGAUCCUUACGGAAAGAUAUCAGCUGGGUCCAUUGAAGCCAACGGAUUCUUGGAGAAGAUUCCAAAUAUUUCCCCAAUCACAACUUCGGAAUCAGCAUUUGUUUGGACAAACGUGAACGCCCAGUUAUUCGAUGUAAAUGGUAAACUGGUUGGAGAAGGCAGCUUGGAUACGCCGGAGCGUUUGAACACGAUUGGUCAAUUGUUUUGCUUGAUGAUAUUUCGUGUAGCGGUUGGAUUCAGACCUCUCCCUCUUGAAAUCUUAAACACACGGGUGGCUAGAGGUGCUGACAAAGUCACGCAUGUCUCACUAUGGUAUAGCUAG